AUGGCAGCUGCACCAUGGUAUAUUAGGCAACGUGAUACGGAUUUACUAGGCAAAUUCAAGUUCAUACAAAAUCAAGAAGACGGGAGAUUAAGGGAAGCUACAAAUGGCACGGUGAAUUCACGAUGGUCAUUAGGGGUGAGCAUAGAAUCUCGUAACGACGCUAGGAAUAGGUACGUUAACAUUAUGCCGUAUGAAAGGAACCGCGUCCAUUUGAAGACGCAGUCAGGGAAUGACUACAUCAAUGCCUCGUACGUCAAAGUGGACGUUCCUGGACAGAGCAUCGAGCCAGGAUACUAUAUUGCCACGCAAGGUCCGACGCGAAAAACAUGGGAUCAGUUUUGGCAAAUGUGUUAUCAUAACUGUCCUUUAGACAAUAUUGUCAUUGUGAUGGUCACUCCCCUGGUCGAAUACAACAGGGAGAAGUGCUACCAGUACUGGCCUCGCGGCGGUGAGGACGAUAUGGUUAGAAUCGCAUCGCAAUGGGAAAGUCCGGGUGGCGCCAGUGAUAUGACUCAGUUCCCCUCUGACUUGAAAAUAGAAUUUGUUAAUGUACAUAAGGUGAAGGACUAUUAUACGGUCACCGACAUUAGACUCACGCCUGCGGACCCUCGUGUAGGACCCGUCAAGACUGUUCACCAUUUUUACUUCGACCUUUGGAAAGAUAUGAACAAACCAGAGGAAGUGGUACCCAUAAUGGAAUUAUGCGCUCAUUCCCACAGCUUGAAUUCCCGCGGGAACCCCAUUAUAGUACACUGUUCCGCAGGCGUAGGCAGAACAGGGACAUUCAUUGCCCUAGACCACCUUAUGCAUGAUACUUUGGAUUUCAAAAAUAUUACAGAACGCUCAAGGCAUUCGGUCGGGGCUACAGAGGAGUACACACGGGAUUUGAUCGAGCAGAUCGUGUUACAGUUGCGUUCGCAAAGAAUGAAGAUGGUGCAGACGAAGGAUCAGUUCUUAUUUAUCUAUCAUGCCGCCAAGUAUCUUAACAGUCUUUCUGCUAACCAAUAG